AUGGUCCUUGCCCAACCCUUUCAUGUCUGGAUACUAUUUCUCACCAGCGCCAUCGCCCUCCCCACCCAAAUACAUCAUUCGGCAAUUCAGGCGAGGGACACGGAUGGACUCGACACAAAUUCCGGGCAGCAUCAAAACGCCGCCAACCCUAACAGCAUCAAGACGCUCCGAGCAGGGACCGAGCCGCACAAAUACCCGCUCAAGGAUGCCAAAGUCGUAGAGCUGCUAAGAGAUCCCACGCUGCAGUUCACAAAGCACUAUUACUGCCCUCAUUGCAAGGAUGGCCCCAUGCCCACGACGGAUAAGGUAUACCAACACAUCGAGACCCACGAUCCCCCACUAAACACGCAAACAUAUGUCAAGGGGGAAGACACCAAGAUUAGUUUUGAAAAGAUCAAGGCAAAAAACGAAGCCGACACCCGCAUCAGGGACAUGAAGAAAAACCCCUGCCGACUCUCCGGGACCAGGCCAUCGGCCCAGGCGACGUCGAGAAAGCUCAGGGGCCGGGUGCAGGUCGCGCAGCAUGGAGGACCCCGGACGACGGGGGGCCGGCUUGUCCCUGUUCGUCUUUCGGAGCUGGCUGUUACCAGCCGUGUCAUGUGCUGCACCUCAUCCCCGCGAGGCUUGCCGAUUGCGGCCAGGGCGCGACCGUCGCUGCCGUCAUUGGGAGGGCGACAUGGACGAUGGGUCCUCGGCGCAGAGUUUGCCGCGCUGCCGGAUUAUGCCGGAGAGGCCUGGAUUUAUCACAUCCGAGAGGCUGGAGGGGAAUAA